AUGGGGCGCCAACAGAGCACCGACUUUCUUCCCCCGCAACCCCCCGCAAACGCAACCUGCCGAGUGAUCGACUUUGCGGCCACAGAACCACCAGUCCCUGAAUACAAAAAGUACCUCGCUGCAGUUAUCGAUAACGCAUUCACCGAAGCAGAAUGCAGAGAGCUUUUGCGCUUAGCGGAACAAAGCUCACCUGAUAAGGCCUGGGAGCGGGCGCUCAUCAACAUUGGAGGCGGCCGCCAAGCAUUAUCCACAGACUCGCGCAACUGCAGUCGAAUCAUCCUGGACAGCCCGGAAGUUGCAGAGAAAUUGAAGAGUCGACUUCUACCUUUCUUAAAGGAGUUGGGAAUCGACCGGCUUGAUAAGACGCCGCUCAUAACGGGUCUGGCUGGUCGAAGGCGCACAUACCAGUUCACCCGGUUCAACCAUCGCCUGCGCUUCCUCAAGUAUGUCGGGGGUGAAUAUUUUCGACCGCACUGGGACGCCCACUACAUGACUCCCGAUCGUCGGGAGAAAUCAUACUUCACGAUCCAUCUCUACCUAAACGGGGACGGGGAACAGGAUCUUAAAGAGUUGGAACGUGCCAAUGCUGACGGCCUGGAAGGCGCUGGAAACACGGAUUUGGAUGGGCAAUUAUUAGGCGGCGCGACGUCCUUCCUGCCCCGGUAUGAGGAGAAAGAGAGACAUGCGCGAGUUUUCCCCAAAACAGGGUCAGUUCUCGUCUUUCAGCAGAGCGAGUUGCUGCAUAGCGGGGAUUCGGUGUUUCGGGGCACCAAGUAUACACUUAGGUCGGAUGUGAUGUAUGAGGAGGUUACUGAAGCGUGA